AUGAAGAGUUGGCAACUGCAUGCUGAAGAUCUACAUGCAGUUCCGAAAAAUGAAACAAACUGUACUGGUUUUGAGGUUUUGGCGGCAGAACAAGUUCUGGGUGCCGGCGAAAGAGAGAUCUGGCUUGAUGGACCACAAGAUGAUCUCCUUGAUAUUGAUGACGCUUCAAUCUUGUAUGGAGACUUUCCUCCUCUUCCGGAUUUCCCUUGCAUGUCGUCUUCUUCGUCAUCUUCAUCAAAUCCGGCAGCGGUGAAGGCCAUUGGUAGCUCUUCAUCGUCAUCUUCGGCUACUUCAUCUUCUUCUGCAGCGUCUUGGGCAGUUUUAAGGUCAGAUGUAGAAGAAGAUGUGGACAAAAAGAUUCAAAAUGAUAAUCAAAAUCGAUCAGUAGAUGUACCACCGACUUUGUCAUCUACUACUUCCAUGGAGAUUAUUCAGCCGACGGACUGUAUCGAUGGCGGUGACUGCAUGGAUGUGAUGGAGAAUUUUGGGUUCAUGGAUCUGCUCGAUAGCAAUGAUUUGUUUGAUCCUUCGUCUUUGUUUCACCAUGAUGACAACCCUCUUGAACAGUUUCAACAGGACAAUAAACCACCUCAGGAAAUGCCACAACAAGGACAUGCACAGUUUAUGAUGCAGAACAACAAUGAAGAUAGCCGUGAAGUAGGGCCUUCAGAUGACUUGGCCAUGGUAUUCUUGGAAUGGCUGAAGACAAACAAAGAGACCGUUUCAGCUGAAGACUUAAGGAGAGUGAAAAUCAAGAAAGCUACCAUAGAGUGUGCUGCCAAGCGUUUGGGUGGUGGAAAAGAAGCCAUGAAGCAACUCUUGAAACUUAUACUUGAAUGGGUGCAAACUAAUCAUCUCCAAAAGAGACGCAUUAGAGAAUCAGCCUCCAAUCUUCCCUACCAACAAUAUCAGGACCCUUUCCAAAACCCUAACCCUAACCCUAACCCUACCUCAAACCCAAGCCUGAAUUGCAAUCCUAUCCCGCAUGAUCAACCCAACCCUUGUUUUACCCAGUCGCCAUGGAUCGGGCAGCCGUCUUACAUUCCUGAUCCGGCAACUGUGGUGCCGGGAUUUCCACCUAUGGUUGGUUACAUGGGUGACCCAUUUGCAAAUGGAGCAUCUAAUAUGAAUGGCCACAGUUAUCCUCCCCAUACAGAAUAUCAUAUGCUUGAUUCUGCUCAUUCAUGGCCCCCUUCUCAGUUUGCUAUGGCUUCUCAUUACAACUCGUUUCCGGAUAACAAUCUGCACCCCGCUCCUCCCCAUCCCCAUGCAUUCACCGGAUAUGGGAAUCAGUACCCAUACCCAUAUGUUCAUGGGCCUGGAGAUCAAAGGUUGAUGAGGUUAGGUUCUUCUGCCACCAAGGAAGCUAGAAAGAAAAGGAUGGCUAGGCAAAGAAGGCUUUCAUCGCAUCCAAGGCAUCAUCAUCACCACAAUAACCAGCAAAACCAGAUGUCGAAUGAGAGUGCAGACCAGCAUGCAAGAUUUGGUAAUGAUAGUUGCAACCCUGCUGCUCAAGGCAACACCGGAAACUGGGUCUUCUGGCCCUCUCCUGCAGGUGGUGCAGCCUCGGCCACGCCGAUGCUGCCUCUAGACAGAUCUUCCAUGCAACCGCAGAAUUACCAGCGGCAGGUUGCUUCAGAUAGGAGACAGGGAUGGAAGCCGGAGAAGAACCUGAGGUUUCUGUUGCAAAAAGUAUUGAAGCAGAGCGACGUGGGUAACCUUGGAAGAAUCGUGUUGCCAAAAAAAGAAGCAGAAACUCAUCUCCCAGAACUGGAAGCAAGAGACGGCAUUUCUAUUGCCAUGGAAGACAUUGGAACUUCUCGUGUCUGGAACAUGCGCUAUAGAUUCUGGCCAAACAACAAAAGCAGGAUGUAUCUCCUUGAAAACACAGGAGAUUUUGUUAGAACAAAUGGACUUCAAGAAGGAGAUUUCAUAGUCAUAUACUCAGACAUCAAAUGUGGCAAAUAUUUGAUAAGAGGAGUGAAGGUGCGGCAACCAGGACUAAAAUCUGAGACAAAGAGGCCAGGAAAAUCGCAAAGAAAUCAGCAUGCAAGCACUCCAGCCACUGCUGGAAAUGAUUCGUCAUCUUCACCCAUCCCUCAAACAAGAGUCGUUUGUCCCUUCCUUACCGCUACUAGGGGUGAAGCGGGAGAGGAGUAUGUUACAUCGUUCAAAACACUAGACAAUGCAUCAUAUGAAAGGAUAGACCGCCUAAUGCAGGACCUAGAAGGGGUCAUGCAUUACAUCAAUGAUAUUUAUCAUGGUGAUAUUUUGUAUCUGCAUUGUGUCAUCACUGAUGUGGCAUUUGGCCAAACACUAGUAACUACAUAUGACACUUUAAUGAAAAAGGCCAAUGGUAGAGGUGCAACCAGGGGAGGCAAGCGGAAAAGAUUUGCCACAAAUGACUUCGACGGUGCCCCUGAUGAUUUUCAGUUUGAUGAUAGGAUGAUGCAGUAUGUACGGGGGGGAAAGACCCAAACAUAG